UGUCCUUAUAACGGCGGCAGUGCCUCAAGGCUUUGGAAAUACCUGGCGCAGUGGCUGAUCGCGGCGUAUUCUCCCUCUCCCUGCCCACUCCGCUUGGGAGCAGUUUAUACACUGGGAGCCAAAGGCUGGAUUGGAUGGAACAGUCUGACUGAAGAACAGUUCUCAAGGACUGAAGACUGACGUCCAAACUCAAUUAUUAAGAAAAGUACAGUGUCGCUGAUUACUGGAUCCAAAUCCAGUUGACAACCAGGACUAGGAAUAUCAACAUCACUGCGCGGACUCCGUUCAUGUGGAAGCGGGGGAAAGGGUACUUUGCUGCUUUGAGAAGGGUGGAAAUAUUCAGGCUUUCUAAUCGUGAAUCCCUCCUUGUCAACGGUGAGUCUUUAGAGCACAUAUAAAAGGUAACAGUUUUACCCAACUCAGGGCAAAACAUCUGUUCGGUAAUAAGACUGAUAUAAAAGAUUCCCAGUUUUAUGAUAUCGAACUAUAAGUUUGAGAUAAGCUACAAAGUUGACGGGUUUAAAAACGAUGACAGCUUGAUUUAACCGUGCUUUCGGAUAUUCACGGACUUUCAUUUAGUCUUGGACGGGAGGGAAAGGAAUAAUGCAACUUUCACCCAGUCAGCAGCAAUUCCCCAAAAACUGUUCUCAGAUGGCUUCGUUGAAGAAUCGGAGCGCGUUUCUCCAAACCAUCUACCAGUACUUCUGCAACGCAACCUUCGAAAAGCAGAACCUCAGCUGGAAUAGCACCAUCCCGGAGGACUUUUUCAUGAGCAAAGAGGAGCUGCUGUUGAAGUAUCUGGGUCCCAGGAGAUCGUCCUUUUUCGUGCCAGUCUGUUUGAUUUAUCUCUGCAUCUUUGUGGUCGGCGCUUUUGGAAAUGCACUAACCUGCAUCGUUAUAGCGAAGCACAAAGUGAUGAGAACCCCUACGAAUUAUUAUUUAUUCAGCCUGGCCAUUUCCGAUCUCUUGGUGCUGAUUCUGGGCAUGCCGUUGGAACUCUAUGAAAUGUGGAGGAAUUACCCGUUUCUCCUCGGUCAAGCGGGAUGUCACUUUAAAACCUUCCUUUUUGAGACGGUUUGCUUUGCCUCAAUACUAAACGUGACGGCCCUCAGUGUUGAGAGAUACAUCGCCGUCGUGCAUCCCCUGAAAGCAAAGUAUGUUGUGACCAGAGCUCACGCCAAACGUGUCAUCUUAACGGUGUGGCUGAUUUCCCUCUGCUCAGCCAUCCCCAACACCCACCUGCACGGCAUCUAUUAUCUGAGUACCCCGUUUGGGGAACACAUUGAAGAGUCCGCUAUCUGCGUGCUAUUAAAGCCAGCCUGGAUGUACAGUCUCAUCAUUCAGAUCACCACGGUGCUGUUUUUCUUCGUCCCGAUGAUCAUUAUUAGUAUGCUGUACUUACUGAUUGGAUUGCAACUGAAGCGAGAGGAGGUAAUUUCUGACUUCAAACCAGGAUUGGGAAAUGCCAACUACCAAACGGCCCGCAUGGAGCAAGAGAAGGUCAGGAGGAGCCAAGUAACCAAAAUGCUCACUGUUCUGGUGAUUGUGUUUGGAAUCUGCUGGGCACCUUUCCACACAGAUCGGUUAAUGUGGAUUCUGAUAAAUGACUGGACAGAAGAAUUGCACAGGUUGUAUCAGUACGUACAUAUUGUCUCGGGUGUAUUCUUCUAUUUUAGCUCAGCUAUCAAUCCUAUUCUAUACAACCUUAUGUCUACGCGAUUCAGGGAGAUGUUUAAAGAGGUGAUGUGCAGCCGAAAGUCCCAAAGUUCCAAACCUGGAUGGUAUUCUGCAAGUUUAACCAGGAUGACAACCCGCAGCACUGUAUUGGAGUCUAGUCCCUGUAAUGGAAUACCAUUGUCUGACAUUGAAGACUAUGAGUAAUACUUUGAAUGCGGAAUUAAAGGUGGAAGUUAAACUUCUGUUCCUGGAUUAUGUAAUAUUAUAACCAUUGUGGUAUUUUGUGGCCGUUUUAAUUUGUUGAUUUUAUUCACGUUGUGCACUUUGUCUUUAACAAUGAUUAAGUUUUAAAAAAAAUUCUCAUCUACAAAGCUAAUGAAAUGUGCUUUGUAUUUUAAACUUUCAGUCCAUAGGACUUACCCUAUCCUGGGCCAAUCCUUUUUACCUGAAAGGAUAAAAACUUUUCAUAAAUGUACUGUAGCAACCCCCCAAGUCUUCUUUGAGAACGACUUCCAAAUCUGCAAUCUCUAUUACCCAGGUGACCCAUGACAGCAGAUCCACAGGAGCACUGCCACUUGUGAGAUCCCUCCAGACCAUACUCGACUGGGCUUAGAAUUUUAUCACCAUUUGUGCAAUAUGAUUGGUUCCAGAUCAUGGAACUACCUUUGUAGGUAACAACCUCUUCCCCCAUGAACUACAACUGUUCAAGGAAGCAGUUCUCUACCACCAUCUAAAGGAUGUUUUGGUAUGGGCAAUAAAUGCUGAUCUUUACCAGCAACUCCCAAAGUACUAGAGUAUUAGAAAAGCAUAUAGAGACUGCAAACAUCCUUUGUAGGUCUUGCAGGAAGUUAUUACGCAGGCCUAAGACAGCUUUCUGAUUCACUACAUCUAUGAGGAAGCGGUUGCAGUUACUAUGUCCCUUUCAUAUUACUUACAGGUUUUGACAGUGAAGUUGAUCUUUGCCAGCAGUGCUAAACACACUAAAAAUUAAUCAAAACAAUUUUAUAAUUUGCUUGAAAAUCAGCUUGGUGUAAAAUACCUUACUGACUCCUAGAGUAUGUUUGCAAUAUGAGCAACAUGCAGUUUAAAUUAACCUCAUUAGUCUUUCGCUAUCAUUCCAAUUUAUGGUGAAGAGGUGUACUGGGGAUUUCCACAAGAGCUGACUCACAACUGAAGAAAGUGUCAUACUGAACAAUCAUGGGACACUUCUAAGUAAUUAGUUUCAGAGAGCUGUUAGCAGAAGCCUUGUAGGAGAUGAUUUAUCAGUGUGAUUAAGGCUGAUGCAUGAUAUGUUAUUACUGGCAAGGUGAAAAAUGGAUAAAGUGACCUCAGAAUGAAUCCAUACAAACAUGCUGUUGGUAUCUACAGAUAUUUUCCCAUAUAACAUGUCAAUGAUGUACUGAAGAGUUGGAUGCCCACAGAAAGAAUAAUUAUAAUAUUGCCAACUGAAAACCGACCUUAAUGUUCUAAACUGAGAUGAAAUCUUUCAUCUCAGAGCUUUUACAAGAAAACAAAUUGGUUAAGAUUGGUUGUCAAGUUUUUCUCCUCUUUGCCAAGAGUGGUAACUCAUACUAAUAUUUUGACAAAAGACCGCAUAAGCAACUGUUUUUCUGAAGAACUAGUGACUAUUGAUCACAUCCAUUGGCCCAAGUAACAGAAGUGAUUUACUUACAAUUUCCAACAUGUACCCUAAAUUCACAGAAUAAGAUAUAUUUUCUUCCAACACCCAUAUAUCACAUCUACGGAUUAAAUUAGGAUUUACCAUUAUAUGUCUCGGGCUUUAUAUAUUAGGCUUUAAUUAGUUUACUUUAGUCUGUUACAUUUGAAAAGUAUCAAUUAUUGACCAAAGCAAAUCAGUCAGAGAUGAGGUUCGGGUAGGUACACUUGAUGUAAUGUACUAAAACAAAGAACUGCAGAUUCUGGAAAUCUGAAACAAAAGCAGAAAGUGCUGGAGGAACCUGGUAGAUCUGCCAGCAUCUGUUGAGAGAACAGUUUUGACAAAGGAAAUGUUAACUCUGUCUCUCUCUCUACAUCUGCUGCCAGAGCUCCUGAGUUUCUCCAACACUGCCUACGGUUGAUAUAAUGUAACCUUUCUGUGAGAAGGCCAUAGAUUUAUUUUGAGUCAAACUGAUCUAUAUAACGUAUAGAAACACACUGCUUAAAACAUUUAGCUUAUUCUCUCAAGUUUAAAGCCCAAUGGCAAGUUUGAUUCGCUGUGUCAUUGCCAUAGGUAUGGAAAAGAAAUAGGUGGAAACUCCACCCCAGCCAGAACAGGAAUCGAACUCUGCAAUUAGAACCAGUCUGGUCCACAGUGGCCAUCCAACAAACCAACUGAGCUGGCCAGCACUCAAAGAUUGCUAGUGCUGUGAUAACAUGUACUUUUAUGUGUCUGUUCUCAGCAGGAACUAAAGAAUUGAAUAUCAAGGCUCUGAUUUUUUUCUGUUUCAAGACUGAGAAGUAAUCUCUUCUAGUUUACUGCUUGCAAUGGGUGUGUAUAGGAAGGCUUUGCAAUUGAUACUUGAAUUGUUUGGCUGUAAUAUACACACACCUUCUUUGGGCAUCCGGCUCUGGAGUGGUGCUAAGAUGUUGCUGAAAUGAUAAUGUAUUUCAGAAGUGCUCUACUGCCUGCUUUGUUAACAUGUUAUCUUGUUUCGAGCAAAUGUGAUUUGAUGCUACAGUGAAAAUGCAAUAGAGCCAAAUUAGAAUAAACUGAAUAGAAAACAAAAGAUAACUGUUUCUGCUGUAAAUCAGAAACAAAAACAGAAAUUACUAGAUAAGCUGCGAAGGCCUGGCAGCAUCUGUGGAGAGAAAUCAGACUGAACAUUUCAGGUCGAGUGACCCUCCUUCAGAAUUGUUGAUAAACCGAACUUUGAUUGUGCUGGCAGAAUAAGAAAUCCAAUAAAAUGAUUUGGAUGUGAAUCUGGGAAGCAUGGUUAGUAAGUUUGCAGAUGAUGCUAAAAUUGGAGGUGUAGUGGACAGCGAAGAACGUUUCCUUGAGAGUAUAACGGGAUCUUGAUUAGAUGGGUCAACGGGCCGAGGAUUGGCAGAUGGAGUUUGAAUAAAUUUGAGGUGCUGCAUUUUAGAAUGGCAAGUCAAGACAGGACUUAUAUAUGAUAAACUCCUAGGGACUGUUGCUUGAAGUGUAGGUUCAUUGUUCGCUGAACGUGGCGACCCAGGUAGACAGGAUAGUGAAGAAGGUGUUUGGUAGGCUUGCCUAUAUUGGUGAUUGCAUUGAAUAUAGGAGGUGGGAGGUCAUGUUGCAGCUGUACAGGACAUUGGAUAGGCCACCACUGGAAUACUAUGUGCAAUUCUGCUCCACUUGCUAUAGGAAGGAUGUUGUGAAACUUGAAAGGGUUUAGAAAAGCCUUACAAAGAUGUUGCCAGGGUUGGAGGAUUUGAACUAUAGGGAGACACUAAAUAAACAAGGGCUAAUUUCCCUAAAGCAUCGGAGUCUGAGGGGUGACCUUAUAGAUGUUUAGAAAAACAUUAAGAGCAUGGAUAGGGUAAAUAGACAAUGUCUUUUCCCUCGGUUGGGGAAGUCCAAAAUCACAGGGCAUAGGUUUAUGGUGAGAGGGGAAAGAUUCAAAAGGGGCCUAAGGGGCAACUUUUUCACACAAAUGGCAGUACAUGUAUGGAAUGAGCUGCCAGAGGAAGUGGUGGAUGCUGGUACAAUUACAACAUUUAAAAGGCAUUUGGAUAGUUUUAUGAGAUAACAAG